CCACGCCCACGAUCACCGAGAUCAGCCACCACUCACGAACCGCGCGCAGAGCCCGCGACGCACACAUCCAAGACGUCCGACGACCGAAUACAUCGAGUCGGAAGCUCGCGGCCCCAAAGCCGAGACUUGCUUGCGCACAACGGCGGAUUCGCGGCGCCAGCCAACACCAAUUAGAAAAAAAUGUCGUUCCGAGGUGGCGGGCGCGGUGGUGGCCGUGGAGGCGGCUUUCGAGGCGGACGAGGUGGCGGCUACGGCGCCCCUGCUGGGCCCCCGGCCCAGGUCCUGGAACUCGGCACCUUUGAGCACGCCGUCGAGGGUGAGAUGUUCUGCAAGUCGACCAACGUCAAGAUACCCUUCUUCAAUGCGCCCAUCUUCCUCGAGAACAAGACGCCCAUCGGCAAGGUCGAGGAGGUACUCGGGCCCAUCAACAACGUCAUGUUCACCAUCAAACCCUCCGAGGGCAUCGUCGCCACCAGCUUCAAGGCCGGCGACAAGGUCUUCAUCGGCGGCGAGAAGCUUCUGCCCCUCGACAAGUUCCUGCCUAGACCCAAGGUCCCGGGCGAGAAGAAGGUGAAGCGCGCUGGCGGUGCCGGUGGCCGGGGAGGACCCCGCGGAGGUGGCGGCUUCUCCAGGGGCGGCGGUAGAGGGCGAGGCGGCCCUCGCGGCGGCAGCGGUGGCUUCUCCCGAGGAGGCGGCCGUGGAGGCGGCGGCUUCUCCAGGGGCGGCGGCGGCGGCCGAGGCGCAGGCGGUUUCUCGAGGGGAGGAGGUGGCCGUGGCGGCGGCGGCUUCUCCAGGGGCCGAGGCCGGGGGGGUUACUAGACGAGACAGAUGGAUGAGGUCCGAAGUUCCGGGCGGUGACUUACUGCUGCUGCUACUUGCCGGCAUUGGGCUACUUUGGGUUUUUCUUACAAGGCCCUCGCGUUUCUCGACGCUGGGGGAAGGCGUUUUAGAGGGGCAUCAUUGCUUUUGGCCGCUGCAGAGGGUAGGGCAAAGGUGUGAGACUUUUUCCAUAUCAUCUGCGGUUCAUUAUGUAUCAACAUGUCAAAAUUUGAGCAAAUUCUGGCAUUGCAAACUCGCGUAG